AUGACCGACACCAAAGAUCACGCCCAACAAGCUCCGGCGGAAUCAAAUCCGUCCAUCAGCAACAUUCCUCGUCAGGCCUCGUGGGCAGGCUCGGCCGACGACAAUAAUAUCAACACGUCGCCUCUGCACGGUCGCAAGAGGUCCGCCGAUCACCUGCCGACGGAACCCCAUGUUUCGCGCAAGGGUAGAGCCUGUUUGGCGUGCCGCAAACUCAAGGUGAAAUGCGACAGUCUGGAACGAGGCGAUGCUGGAUGCUCCAGAUGCCAGCGCUUGGGCUUGGAUUGUAUUACAUCGAAACGCAUGAGAGUGAGUCUUGACGACGAUGGCGAAAACCCUCACCCGUCAAUUGUGAGGCUUGACAGAGCUGUCGAAGACAUUCUCUCUCGAUUGAAGAUGCCGCCGCUGGAAGCUUACUCUCGCACUCAUCCCUCCCAACACCUGCAACCACCGCCACAACCUAUUCCCGCCGACUCCAACGCGCAGACCACACGGGAAAAUUCGCGAGAGCCGAACCAAGAAGAUGCGCAUGAAGUUGCUCCUGCGCCUAUGGGCAGCUUGUACGAGGUCACUCAACUCAACACCCUGCGGAGCCGCCUUAAGUAUGGCGACCCAGCACGUCGUAAUUCAAAGAAGAAUAUGGAGAACGACCUCAUUUCUAUGGGGGUCAUUAGCGUAGAGGAAGCAGAGGAAAUGUUCAGCUUGUUCAAGACGACCCUCUCGCGCUAUCUGUUCGACGCCACCGUCCACGAAUCCCGCACAUUGCUCUCCGUGCGCGAAUCCUCGACGCUGUUCUUCACUGCCAUCAUCACCGUCACGUCUCUCCAUAUCCCAGGCAAAGAGAAGAUCCACGCCUCUGCGCACAAGCAUCUACGAGACCUCAUCGCCGCGUCUUUCUUCGACCGUUUCCAUACCCUCGAAGACAUCCGCGCCCUGUGUAUCGCAGCAUUCUGGCUUCCGGAUCUCAGCUGGAAACUCUCCGGCCACUGCGUGCGUAUGGCGACCGAGUUGAACCUCCACCAAGCCUUUUUCAAAGCCCUCUACUCGCAAAAGCAGUCGGUAAGUGACCGCGAACACGCAUUUGAGCGAGCCAGGUUAUGGUAUCUCCUCUACGUUCUCGAUCACCACUUCUCCAUCGCAUACGGCCGGCCGCCGGUGACGGCAGAACUUCAAGCCAUCAAAGAGUACGAUGUCUUCCUCAAUGCUCCUGAAUGUACGCCGUCAGAUCGGAGAGUGCUGUCGCAGGUUACUUUGUUCAUUAUCUUGAGCAAAGCGUACAACCACUUUGGCUUGGAGGCCGAGAGACUGAUGGAUGGGGAUGAUGUCACUCUUCUCACCCAUCAGCGCUUUAUCGAGGAUUUGCAUCGCUGGAGAUAUCAGUUUCGUCAUGCGUUGAAUAGGGAUGCGCAUGUGGGGGAUUAUCCUGCUGUUGGCGUCGAAUUGCACUACCACUUUGCGUCGAUGAUGCUCAACUCCCUCGCGUUACGAGGUCGUUCCCUUUUCACCAUUUCCUCCACAUCAACUCUGCCCACAUCUCUGCGGCCACUCGCAUCGCACGCGAUUUCCUCGGCGCAUGAGAUCCUGAUCAUCGUGCUGGAAGAGCCCUCCAUUCGCGACUCCAUGGUCGGUGUGCCGCUCUACUUGCACACCGUGAUUGCCUUCGCGGUGGUCUUCCUGAUCAAAAUGUCGAGUCGAUGGACGGGGAUUGGCGUCAGCAUCGACCCGGAAUUGAAGACAAAGCCCCUCAUUGAAAAAGUCAUUGAACUGUUCAGGAGUUGUCAGGCAGGCAAAGGCCACAUCCUUUACGCGAUGGCCGAUGGUUUUGAAAGACUAUUGCGGCGCAACCUGGUGGGUGGGAACGGUCAGCUUGGAAGACCUGCUGGUGCGGAAAACGGCACCCCGGGGUACGGAUCCCUCGAUGCGGCAGCGGCAGUGAUGGGCUCGCGACAGAACGGUGGCAGAGACACGCCCUACGCCCAGCAACAUCCUGGCCAGGUUCCGGGACAAUCAUAUGCCAACCAGCCGCCAGACCUGUACGUUUCGUCCCAGACCACCACACCGACCCUCCUCCCUCCACAACACACCACGACCUCUCCGACACCCUUCACCCCAACAGGUGGCGCGCAACAACAACAGCAGCAGCAGCAACAUUCAAACGGCAGUGGUGGCGGCACCAAUUUCGACCCCUACGCCCUCUCCCCGCACUCUCAGCCCACGUCGACCUCCGCGGGCACGUUUGGCGGCUGGCAGACCGAGGACGACAUGCUCUGGAGCAUGGGCAUGGGUUACGACCUGUUGGCGACGGCGCCGGACGUCAACGCCCACGGCCUGGGCGCCUUUAUCGGGUGGCCUGGCGGUGGGGGCAGCGGUGGCGGUGGGGGGAGCAUUGAUUCGUAUUCGCAGGGCCUAUGA